ACUGUAUGUGUGCUGUAUAUGCAAAAUAAAAAGGCUCCACCUCAUUCAAAGUCUCUAAGAACAGUUUAUAAACAGUGAAAUUGAUCAGAGUGUUGAUUUAAGCUGCUGUUUAUCUGUCUGCUGUAUUUUUGCUGUUGAUAAUCUAUGUUGUUUAGUGUUUGAUUUUCCUUUUUAUAUUAUUCUAAUCAGUUUUUUGGGAAUGCAGAACUCUCAAGUUAAUGUCAGCUCAAGAACUGUAUCAAUGAAUGCUCCAACGUUUGCAAAGUUGGUGAUAAUGCAGGUGCUGGUGGGGAUUUUUCUUUAUGUGAACUGUCUGAUGAUAUUUACCUUUCUGAAAAAGGAGGUGUUCAGAGGAGACACUCGCUAUAUUUUAUUUGCACAAACACUAUUUGUUGACUCUGCAGUCAUGCUUAUAACUGAUGUGCUCAUGAUUUGGGGCUUUUACCUACUUCGAAUUCAUAUGACGUAUUGUGUAAUUACAUGUGUAGUUGUGGCUGUUCUGAAGAGUUGUACUCCUGUGACUCUUGUGGCGAUGUGUCUGGAGCGCUAUGUUGCUAUAUGCAUGCCUUUAAGACAUGCAGGCAUCACUUCAAGCACUAGGAUCAGAUUCUUUGGAUUUCUUAUCAUUUGGAAUAUUAGCUGUUUAUUUACACUGCUUACAUUUAUAGCAUUUACUGCAGAGACCAGUCCUGAAUUCAUGUCCUCCUAUGUCAUAUGCAAUAUGGAGAUACUGUUAGUGAAAGAGUGGCAGUAUAAUGCACGUGGAGGCAUUUUGCUGAUCUUUUUUCUGAUGAUGAUUUCUGUCAUGGUCUUUACCUACAUUAAGAUAAUGAUCGCAGCCAGAGCUGCCUCCUCUGAGAAAAAGAAAUCAACCAGCAAGGGUCUCAGAACUGUGCUCCUUCAUGCCGUUCAGAUGCUUUUGUGCAUGGUUCAGCUUUUAACACCAUAUAUAGAACUGCCAUUCUGGAAGGUGAAUAUCAUGGUGUUUAAUAAUAUAAGAUACUCAAAUUUGAUCAUUUUUAUUAUUGUUCCACGAUGUCUCAGUCCACUGAUUUAUGGUCUUAGGGAUGAAAAGUUUUUUGCUGUCUUAAGACAUUAUGCUGUGUGUGGGUUGAUAGGCUUUUCACAAGUGCAGCCAGUCAAAAGAAAAUCAUAGAGUCCUAUCUGUAGCAUCAUUUAUUAACAGCUUACUAUCACAGAUCACAGUUUAUUUAAUGUGCUUUCUCAUCCAGUGUCUUUAAUUGUAAUAAGAUCAGUAUUUGUACAUUGUAAUUUAUUAUUUUAAAACAAUUAAAACCCUGGAUAUACAUUUCCCAAAAAAAACAAAUACAGGAAAUCUACUCUCUGUUCAGUUUGAACUGAAUUAAAUGCAGUGGGGCUGAACUGCAGACCACAAAUACAGAACUACAUGCCUUAAAUCAUGACUUAGAUCAUAUCUGCUGACAUUUAUGCUAACUGUACCAAAUGUUCCUUUAUGACACCAUUCACUUACUGUUAUUAGUUAUUGAAUUGUACACACAGGACAUGCAUCUCUUUUAGAAAUGUAUUUGUGUGAAAUUAUCCACAGACUAAAAAAUAUUAUUAGAACAUGAUUAAAUCUAUGAAAGGACUGUGAUAAUUCAGUGCAGCUCUCCAAAAAUAAUAUAAAAACAACAUUUGACUACACCUACAUGGGUCCAGAUUUAAAUUUGUGCCAUAUCUUAUUGCAAUAGUUUUAAUAGCAUUGAAUAAAUGCACAAUUUCCCCAACUGCUGCCUACUCUGUUCUGUUAUUUGAGUCUUGGUUCCUUCCAAGGUUUCUUCCUCUUAAUGUAAGGACGUUUUUCUUGCCACUGUUGUCUCCACAAUGAUUGGCAUCUCAGUGGUGCCGCUCAUAAGAGGCGUGGACCUGUUUUGAUCUGUAAAUGCUGCUUUGUGACAAAUUCUGUUGUAAAAAGCACUAUAUAAAUAAAAUAGAAUUAAAUUGAAUUAAACACUUUUGCCAGAACUGCUUAAGC